UCUGCAUAUCCCAACCUCGACAGAGCAAUGGCACGCCGUGGUUUUUUUGGGUAUGAUCCCUACGACUGCUACUACCCUGCGUCGCCCUACGCCUACGAUUACGAUCCAUACUACCACAGUCCCGCCGUCGACGCGUUCUUCGCCGAGCCGCUCGUGACGGCCCGCCGGAGGGCCCCGACGCAGCACGACGACGGCUUCUUCCCUGGAUUCAGAGUCUCCGAGCCGGCGGCGCGGACCAGGGCGCGUCCCAGGCCCAGCAGCGGGUCCCCGAAGAGCUGCCCCGACUGCUACGAGGUGGAGGUCACAGGGCCCGAGCCUGACUCGCCGCCCGCGGUGCCGAGGAAGCCGGCGCCGUCAGCGGAGGAGGCCGCGGCGAGGGUGCAGGCGGCGGCGCGCGGGCUGCUCGCUCGUCGCAUGGUGCGGGAGGUGCGUGCGGUGGAGCGCCAGGCCAAGGCCGUGGCCGCGAGGGUGGCGGCCGAGGCGGAGGCGCUCCGCGAGGACGCCCGUGCGCGGAUCGGCCUCGGGGAGGAGCUCAUGCGGCUGCUGCUCCGUCUCGACGGCGUGCGCGGUGCCCGGGAGUACCGCAGGAGGGUCACCAGGCGCGUGCUCACGCUCCAGGACGCAGUUGACGCUCUCGAGGCCGCGCCCGCGGUGGUGACCGCCGAUGCGCCGGAAGUUCAGAAUGCAGAGGAAGAAGCAGAGGAUGGGAUGGAACCGGAGUUGGAGCUGCCGGUUGAGGACAACACUGCGGCUGAUCCUCUGGUUGCCGAGACAACUGACACGGCGGCAAUGGAGGUUGACGUGGCGAGCCCCGUCGACGUCGUCGUGGACGAGGCCGAGACCGAACUGGUGGCGGAAGGGGAGAAGGCCUCGGAGGCGGAGGGGGAGUGGGAGAUGGUGGCGACGGGAGACGGCGACGUCUCCACUGGCGAGAAGGAACCUACACCACCCAAAGCGCAGCAGCAGCAAGAACAGGCACAUAAGGAGAAGAAAACGGUGACCACCGACGGGCUGGACGCGAAGAAACUGAUGGAGAUGGUGGCGGCACUGUGCGAGCAGAGCGCGCAGCAGUGCACUCUGAUUGGCUCCCUGGCAGAGCGGGUGGACACACUGGAGCGCGCCGUCCGGCGGGUGGAGGAGACCGACCGGUGCAGACGGAGGAACAAGAACACCAACAAGGACGGCAAGAAGAACACUAGCUUCUACAGCGACUAGAUACCAUAAAUAGCUUCUCCUAGCAUGAGGCUUCGAUUGGAUUUUUUUUCAUUAGCUUUUAAUCUUGCAUUUGUUUCAAUUCCGUUCAUUGUGUGAACAAACUUAGAUCAUGUCGGCAAAUUUCAUUAAUUUAAUUGAGUUGUGUGAUG